UACCCAAAAUAGCUUAUUUUGUUUGUUUUUGAAAUACGAGAAAGUGUUAAGAAUUGGAUAGUUUUGUGCUUUGAGAUCAUUUGAAUAAAUAAAAUUUCACUGGAGUGAGAUGGCAUUUCCUAGCAACAAUCCAGAAACAUGGAAGAGUGAAUAAAACGAAAGAAAGAAGGAUAAUUUUCUUCUUUCUCGAUGGCACUUUGUUCACCUCGAAUUUCAGUGACUUAAGGAACGUUCUUGCAUUCUUCGAUAUUUUUGAACGAACAAUUGCUUCUCAAUGAUUCCAAUUCAACAGUGACCCAUGCAGCUUUUGUUCGGGUAUAUGCAAUAGGGAAUUCCGUCACGCGCUGGUCCCCACUCAAGUAGAAGAGCAGAAGCUGAAGACUAUACUGCAGAAAUUGAGUAAUAUCACUUCCCAGUUAAGCAGUUAUCCUACGUGUGAUAAAUGCCGCCAAGAAUUCAUAAUGGUCCACAACUUUUCCGAAAGUAGUUUCCAAACAUUGUCCAGCCCCGAAAUAACUGACAUUAAGAUGGAGCCAGAGUUAAUCAUAAAUGAAUAUGAACCGUCGGAUAAUGGUAAUAUUGAUACAGAUCCUAUAUCUUGUUGUGUGCCAGUUGAACAAGUAGUGGGAAUGCAUAUUAAUGGAGCAAAAGAAGAGUUAUUCUACAGUAGCGAAAUGAAUGAAAACGACGAUAAUAUAUCACUGGUUCCGGUUGGUGGAACAAAUACACAAAGAAAAGGUAAUUUGGAUGGUUCACAGAAAGAUGUUCACUCACCUUCAGUUCACCACAAACAUAAGAAAGAAUUGGCGGACGAAGGAGAGAAAUCGUUUAAAUGUGAAAAAUGUGACAAAACAUAUAGCUCACAACAAGGCCUCAAGAUCCACGUUCGAUCUCAUACAGGUGAACGUCCUUAUUCUUGUUCACACUGUUCAAAAGUGUUCAAGGAUCCUUCAUCGUGUAAUCUUCACAUUCGAAUUCAUAGUGAUGAACGUCCCUAUACUUGUUCACUUUGUUCCAAGGCAUUUAAGGGUAAAACAGCGCUCAAACGGCACAUUCGAAUUCAUAUUGAUGAACGUCCUCAUUCUUGUCCACAUUGUCCGAAAGCAUUCAAGCAUCAUACAUCGCUCAUCCAGCACAUUCGAACUCAUACAGAUGAACGUCCCUAUUCUUGUCCACAUUGUACAAAGGCGUUUACCCAACAAGGAGGGCUCGAACAGCACAUUCGAAUUCAUACGGGCGAACGUCCCUAUCCGUGUCCUCAUUGUCAGAAAGCAUUCAGACAACUUUCUUCUUUCAAAGCGCACGUUCGAACUCACAUGGAAAAACUGCGGUCGGAUGAUAGUAACAUUUUUGAUACAGUCCUAAUAUCGCACUCUGCGCCAAUUGAUAAAGUAGACGAAAUGCAUGUCAAAGGAGCAAAAGAAGAGUUAUGCAUUAGCGAAAUGAACCAAAGCGACAAUAAUAUAUCACUGAUUCCGAAUAUGCAAAGAAAAGGAGAAAAACGGUUUAAAUGUGAAAAGUGUGACAACACAUAUAGCUCAAAAUUUGGACUCAAGAUCCACGUUCGAUCUCAUACAGGUGAACGUCCCUAUUCUUGUUCACACUGUUCAAAAGUGUUCAAGGAUUCUACAUCGUGUAAUCUUCACAUUCGAAUUCAUAGGGAUGAACGUCCCUAUACUUGUCCGUUUUGUUCCAAGGCAUUUAAGAAUAAUGCAGUGCUCAAACGGCAUAUUCGAAUUCAUACUGAUGAUCGUCCUCAUUCUUGUCCACAUUGUAUGAAAAGAUUUAUUCAACCUUCAGAGCUCAAGAAGCACGUUCAAACUCAUAAAGAAAAACUGUGGUCGGAUAAUAGUAACUUUCCUGAUACAGACAUAAUACCGUACUCUGCGCCAAUUCAAAAAGUAGACGAAAUGCAUGACAAAGAAGAGUUAUUCUCCAUGAGCGAAAUGAACGAAAACGACGAUAAUAUAUCACUGAUUCCAGUUGGUAGAACAAAUACACAAAGAAAAGGAGAGAAACCGUUUAAAUGUGAAGAGUGUGACAAACCAUAUAGCUCAAAACAAGCACUCGAGAUUCACGUUCGAUCUCAUACAGGUGAACGUCCUUAUUCUUGUUCACACUGUUCAAAAAGGUUCAAGGAUCUUUCAUCGUGUAAUCGUCACAUUCGAAUUCAUAGUGAUGAACGUCCCUAUGCUUGUCCACUUUGUUCCAAGGCAUUUAAGGGUAGUAGAACGCUCAAACUGCACAUUCGAAUUCAUACUGGUGAACGUCCUCAUUCUUGUCCACAUUGUCCGAGAGCAUUCAUCCAACGUUCAUCCCUCAACCAGCACAUUCGAACUCAUACGGGCGAACGUCCCUAUCCGUGUCCUCAUUGUCAGGAAACAUUCAGAAAACGUUUAUCUCUCAAGGCACACAUUCGAACUCAUACGGGUUGAUUGAGAAUUGAUGACGUAGGACUACGUCUGUCAAUAAGGGUGCCAAAUCAGAAAACAGGUCACGAUUUUAUGGAAUAAGUGUUAACUUUAAUAACUAAUAGGAGUACCGGUAAGUUUCUUCGUUUUUUCAAAAAUUAAUGCUUUAUUCUGCAAAAAGGUACAAUAAUCGUUAGCUAACUGAUCCUGGUUUAACUGGUCUGCGUUUUAACUGGGCGGAUGUUAAAAAGCAGAAUUUCGUAAACAGUCGACGCCAUAUUUAUUUGCUUAGGGGCAUUCUAAUGUAAUUUGAAAUGUUGUGAAAAUUGACAUUAUUUUCGCAUGACAGAAACAGAAAAAUAAUUUCCUCAAAUUAUAUUUCAUAUCUGUCGUGGCACUCAAUGCGAAACUUCCAUUGGAAUCCUUUUUUUUAUCCAAUUUCAUGAUCAACCCGAAUCAAACAAUUCAUUGAAGCUUCCCUCGAUUUUAUUUGACGUUUAACAUGCCGGACCAGUUAAAACGCAAAUGUCGAAAACUGGUCUUCCCUUUCCGCCCAGUUAGUGAAUGUUUACUGUAGUAAUCGGACGGAGCAAUGUCUGGAGAAUACGGCGGGUGGGAUAGUACCUCCCAUUUCAGCGUUUCCAAGUACGUUUUGACCGGCUUCGCGACAUGCGACCGAGCAUUGUCGCGCUGUAAAAUAACUUUAUCGUGUCUUUGCUCGUAUUGUGGCCAUUUUUCCUUCAGUGCACGGCUCAAACGCAUCAAUUGUCGGUAGAAGUCGUCCGUAAUUGUUUCAUUCGGUUUUACCAGCUCAUAGUACACCACACCCAGCUGGUCCCACCAAAUAGACAGCAUAACCAUCUGGCCGUGAAUAUUCCGCGCGGCCGUCGAUGUUGAUGCAUGACCGGGGUAUCCAUACGUUGCUUGAUGUUUAGGAUUGUCGUAAUGGACCCACUUUUCAUCGCCAGUAAGGAUUCGAUGCAAAAAAAACCUUUCUUUUAUGCCGUUGGAGCAGUUGUUCGCACGUGAAAAAACGGCGUUCGACGUCUCGUGGCUUCAAUUCAUACGGCACCCAAUGUCCUAUCUUUUGAAUCAUUCCCAUUGCUUUUAAACGAUCGGAUAUGGUUUGCUGAGCUACUCCAUGUGUAUCUGCAAGUUCUAGUUGCGUUUGUGACGGAUAUUGAUCGAGUAAAGCCUCCAAAUCUUUUUUUUUCAAACUUUUUUGGCGGUCCGGAAUGUUCUUCGUCUUCCAAAUCAAAAUUACCACUUUUAAACCAUGCAAACCACGUUUGACACGUUCGUUCAGUUGGAGCAAGGUCACCAUAAACUUCCACCAAAAUGCGAUGACUUUCCGUAACCUUUUUCUUCAUAUUGAAGUAAUGACAUAACACUCCCCGCAAAACACUCUCGUUGGUAUGAAAUUUGACAUAUUCGAAGUGGCAAAAAACUACAGGGUUUUCCAUUUCGGGCUUCCGAAAGUAUACAGCCCUGCGCUGACAACCGUUUGACAUAGCUGUCAACCAAAGCGUCAUAUCGUUAGUUGAAUGUCUGCCAUUUUACAAUAUGGAUCGUUUUAGCAUCGCACAACGUGUUAAUUUUGUUAAAUUAUACUAUAAAAAUGAUGAAAAACCGGCAAAUGUUUUUCGAGCAUUACGGACGGAUUUUGGUCGUCAUGGACGGCCUACAGAGCACACAAUCGCUAAUGUAGUGCGUAAAUUCGAACAAACUGGGUCCGUAGCGGAUAUUGUGAAACCUGUGCAUCAUCGUAAUGUGCGUUCGGCCGAAAAUAUUGCUGCUGUUGCUGCCAGUGUGGAGGAUGACCCGAAUGUUUCGAUUCCACGGCGUGCUCAGCAAUUGGGCUUGUCAAACACAUCAUUGUGGCGAAUUUUGCAUUUGGACUUGCACCUACAUCCAUAUAAAGUCCAACUGGUACAAAAAUUAGAGCGUGGUGACCAUGUAAUGCGUCGGGCAUACGUCGAUUGGGUGAACGAACAACAGCAACAAAAUGCUGAUUUUUCGCAUCAAAUUUUCUUCAGAGAUGAGGCACAUUUCGAGCUCGGUGGCUAUGUGAACACCCAAAAUUUCCGUAUAUGGGGCUCAGAAAAUCCACACAUGAUUGUUGAGAGGCCAUUGCAUCCGUCAAAAGUCACUGUUUAGUGCGCAUUAUGGUCUGGUGGAGUCAUCGGGUCGUAUUUCUUUGAAAAUGAGGACGGCGAGACGGUAACUGUGAAUGGUGAGCGCUAUGGCCGCAUGUUAACCGAUUUUUUUUGCCACAAAUUGAAGAUAUAGAUACGGAUGACAUGUGGUUUCAGCCGGACGGCGCCACGUGCCACACAACACGACCGAACAUGGCCAUAUUUCGAAAUUUGAGAGACGCAUAAUUUCGUGUUUUGGUGAUGCCAAUUGGCCGUCCAGAUCAUGCGAUUUGAACCCGCUAAACUUUUUUUUGUGGGGUUAUGCGAAAGACCGUGUCUAUGCCAACUCUCCGCAAACUCUUGAACAUUUGAAAGACAACAUUCGUGAAUUUAUGACCGAGAUACCGUCCCAUAUGUGCCGAAAAGUCAUCGAAAAUUACCUGUUCCGGAUCAAGGUGUGCGAGGAAGCCCUAGGUGAACAUUUGAAUGAUGUUGUAUUUCACACAUAAUGGCAUAAACCAAACUUUAAUUUGAAAUAAAAGUUUAAUCGAAAUUCGAAUUCUAAGUGUGUUUUAUUUCAAUUUACUUUCGGAAUUUGAAGUUGGAAAACCCUGUAUAUUGUUUACGCUUCAACUUUUUGACAUAUACUGAAAAAGACGCGCAAUGACAGUACCUUUCCAACGAAUGUCUGGAAAUUUAAUUCACUAGAAUAAUAAUCAAGUUACGCCGGUGUAAAAGCGUAGAAACUUACCGGUACACCUAAUGUUUCCACUACUAACGAAUUGGAUGAUUUGUAUUCCAAUCGAAUCGGAAAUUCUCUAAGAUUUGUUUCAUAUGCUAUGAUUCUCUUAAUCGUAAACAGUUUAAAUUAGCGAAAAUUAAAAGCAUUCCCAUUUCCUCAUAUAUUUGUUUUGCGAAUCAAGCGCAGCGUUCGUUCUGAGGGGAAUUUGUACACCAUUUCGCGAUAGACCGCAGAGAUAUUUGCAUCAUUCGAUAGUUCAUAUUUCAAUGCACCUAUUACAAAAAAGAAUAUUACAUAUUCUCUGAAAUUAACUUUGAACAACCGGAAAAUGUCAUGCAUUGGACCCUAUUAUGUAAUUCGAGUCGUGAAGAAAUUUACUCUAUUUUUCUAUUAUAAAUACCGAGCAAGUCGAUCCCAUCGACUUAGUGGAAGCUAUCGUUAUCGUUUAUUUAUUUUGGCUUGACAUCUUUAUAACAUGGCCUGAUUCACAAUUUUUUUUCAAAGUAACUCGGUUCAUGACUAUCUCUCUACAAUUCCGCGGGCACCCCGUGCUCACCAUGUCAUGCUCCACUUGGUCUAACCACCAUGCUCGUUGUGGUCCUCGUCGUCUCGUACCAGCCGGAUUUCCGAUGAACACCAUUUUUGCAGGACAGUUGUCCGACAUUCUUGCAACAUGUCCUGCCCGGCGUGUCAGCUUUGGUCACUACUGGGUUUUGGGUUCUGGGAUACUGGGUUCGCCGGUGUGUUGCGUGAGCUCGUGAUUCAUCCUUCACCUGCAUACGCUAUCCUCCUGUACACCGCCGAAGAUGGUUCUUAACACCCGUCGUUCAAAGACUCCGAGUGUUCGCAGGUCCUCUUAGUUUCGUGCCCGUAGAGAACAACCAGUCUUAUGAGCGUUUUGUUCCCUGUUUUGUUAUUUCGCACGAAUGCUAAGUCUGUUUGACCAUAAGUGUUUGUGGAGACCAUAGUAGCGUCUCCGGAUCUCACGGCUGGUAUCAUCUACCUACUACUUCGAACUCAUCGCCGUCGAUCAUUACACUACUACCUAAUCGGGUCCUGUCGUGCUCGAAUCCGGAAGCCAACAUGUAUUUGGUUUUAGACGCAUUGAUUUUCAGUUCAAUUCUCUCUGCUUCGUACUUUAGUGUGCUGUAAUGUUCAGCUACCGUCUCAAAUGUUCUGCCGACAAUGUCUACGUCAUCAGCGAAGUAGAUGAAUUGACUGGAUCUAUUGAAAAUCGUAACGCGGAAGUUAAACGCCGCUUGUUGCGAGCAGCGGAAAAUCUUCGGACACCGGGUUUUGAGCAGCACAAACGAAUUUAUCGUUUAGUACAGGUUUAAACUGGAAUUUAUUUAUUGAAUCGUAUGCAACUUUAAGGUGAAGGUGCCACAAUAGCGCUCAUUUCUUUCAUCUCUUUCCCUCGCCCUAAAGCCAAUAAUUUUGCGAAACAGUGUGAAGAAAGUGAUCAUUUUCGCACACUUCCCAUCAAGUAAUAUAAACCAAACUCUAAUCGAUUACUUACAAGAUAUUAAAUUUUCAUCUGCCGUCGCAAUGUAUAGUGAAAAACGUCGGAAAACUCGAGCUAGUGCUCUGGAAGUAAAAUUUUCAAUUUUCCGCAAUGAUUUUGUUUGUAAUUGGUGAAAGCAUUGUUUUUUUUUCGACACUGAUGUCAGACAACAUUAUCGGAACAGCUAUAAAAACCACUCAAUAGAAUGUUACUCCUGAGUCAUAGCGUUUCAUGUCAUGAAAUUCAAUAAAAUAAAAAAAAAUAAAAUUGAGUUGAUAUCAAUACAAUUAUUGUAUUUACGUUUAAUGAGUCUAUAAUGUAAGUUUUAGCAACUUUAACAUUGGUUAAGAAAAUUGUAUUGCAGAGCUCGGAACACUGCCACGGCUGCCUCUGCUGUCAAAAAAUAGUAAACGGAGAAGUAUUACAUUCAAUCAAAAUACCUUGCCCAACGAAGAGAAGGGUUAAGGCUCUCCAACGUGAAUAUUUGAAAAAAAUACGAUCAACGGAGGAAAAUAUUAAGGAAUUAUCAACAUCGAGUUACUGUGCAGAAGAACUUGUUAAUACCAGAAGAGCCCCAAUCACCGCUCAUUAUUGACUGUUGUUCCGGUCGAACGUGGAAGUGUGAUAUUUUUAUCGUGAAUAUGGGUGGUAUGAAUGUUUCUUUAGGCUAUAUCACAGUUCAAGUCGGAUUUAUAUUAUUCCGACACGUUACGUUGCAUGCAGGAUAAAUAUUAUUGCAAGUGUUUUAAAUGUAUAUGUGUAUAUAUGAGAGGAUACGAUCUAACAAAGACAUGAGGAUUAGAAUCUGUUUUCAAAGGUUACGGUAAAGUUACAACCAAAUCAAUCACGCUUUAGGGUUAUUAAAAAAUUAUAAUUUCGUUCAUUUCUGAGAAAAUAUGAAAAGUUAUAAACAAGCGAAUUGAUUGCAAUGAGUUCGCAGUCCUACGUUAACAACAGGGUUUCCACAUAUACAGAACAUUCUAUAUUUCACAUAUUUUGACGUAGGACUACGUCUUUCAUUUCUAUACCAGGGUGUAAAAUCAAAGUUUCGAAAACGAAAGCGUUACGCCGGAGACCGAGAUUUUGAGCGUUAAUAGCUCCUAAACAACUGAACGAAAUGGUAUGAUAAACACUGCAUUCGAAAGAUAAAAUGUCUACGCGUUAUAUACUUGUUACUUUUUGAUCCAAAAACUUGUUUCAAUAGUCUUAAAAUUGCUUUCAAAACAGGCUAUUGAAAUCACCAAUCGGUAUAUAAGCGAGCGGCGCUCGGAAAUACACUCAGUUCUAAUUGAACAGCGAUUGGAGCAUGUUGUCGCUGUUACGGUGAAGCUCUUUAUUUAUCAUGAAAGCGCGGAUGAACGGUGUCACCAAGAGCCUGUUUGUGCACCCUAGGCCAGAAGGGAAUCUAUCAGGAGGAGAGUGAUGCCACAAACGGUUCCCUGGGAAGACAUCGCUACACACACAUACACGCGCGGCUAUUAACAGGUGGUUAUCGAGUUGGCAUUAACCACUGGUGGGCUUCCAGUAUCGAGGAAAAUGUGGAAAUAUCUAAUCGUUACUGAAAAUAAUCUGCCAGUUCCUUUGGGAAUUUUCAAAAUAUAUUCAUGUGAAAGAGUUUAAUUGAAUGUUUUCUGUCCAUGUAACACUGUGACCAAAUAUGUUUCAAUCAAGUGCUAUUAACAGGUGGUUAUCGAGUUGGCAUUAACCACUGGUGGGCUUCCAGUAUCGAGGAAAAUGUGGAAAUAUCUAAUCGUUACUGAAAAUAAUCUGCCAGUUCUUUUGGGAAUUUUCAAAAUAUAUUCAUGUUAAAGAGUUUAUUUGAAUGUUUUCUUUCCAUGUAACACUGUGAUCAAAUACAUUUGGUUUUGUGGUUUUUCAAUCAAUCGCAAUUAACAGGAUAGCUUCAGAAGAUUAUUCUUCCCCAUCAGUAGGAUAUUUCCGUAUCCAAUAUUGUAUGCGCCCGCAAUCGAUUAUUGCUCAAUCGCCGAAAGUUCCGAGCUCAGAGAGUUCAUUCCCCUCUCGUUUGCCUUCCAAA